AUGGAAUAUAUCGAUCGACUUCAGGUCAAUCUGCUUCUCGAAGAUGUCAAAGCUUCUAUCGAGAAGUUUGAAACGGAAAAUUCCGAUAUAGCUCGCGUCGAAGCACUCGAGAAGUCAUUGAAAUUAACAAAGGCUCUUGAACAUCCAAAGGAUGCUAUUCUGAAGUUGUUUCUUUCUUCUACCCAAUCCAUGGCAUUGAAGAUUGCCCAUGACCUCGGCAUAUUUCAAAUUUUGACCAAGUCAAACAAGGUCUUUUCGUCUAAAGAGCUGGCCGAGAAGACUGGCGCAACUCCGCUACUAAUUGAACGAGUCAUGCGUCUUCUUGUUGCUAUGGAUUUCGCAAAGGAAUAUGGUACUGGCAAGUUCCAUCGGACCUUACUCUCCGAGGAGAUGACAGAUGAUAGAUCAGGUGGUAUCGUUGAUACUAUGUUCGUGGAUAUUUUUCCAGCUGUGCUGAAGACCCCCGAGUUCCUCAGCAAAACGAACUAUCAGAUUCCCGAGGAUCGAUUUGCUGGGCCAAUGCAGUAUACUUAUGGUACAAAGCUAACAACUUUCGAUUGGUUAGCUGAUGAUGUUGCUGUUCAUGAACGCUUCCAUGCGUUUGUUCAGCAUAUUCGAGACAACCGGCCUUUCUGGGUUGAUUGGUAUCCCGUCCAGGAAAGAAUCCUUGAUGGCUACUCCGGCGAGGAAAAUGAUGCACUCAUUGUGGACAUUGGUGCUGGCAGUGGUCGCGACAUGCUUGCGUUCAAAAAGAAGUUUGCUGAUGCCACCGGAAGAAUUGUCAUCCAGGACCUUCCAUCUGUCUUUGAUGAUGUUCACUAUCACGACCUGGGACUUGAGAAGAUUGGAUACGAUGUCUUCUCACCUCAGCCGACCAAAGGCGCCCGUGCUUAUUUCCUGAAAUUCUUGUUGCACGAAUUCUCAGAUGAAAACUGCAUAGCCAUACUGAAGAACGUCACCCAGGCCAUGGAAAGAGGCCACUCUAAGAUUCUUAUUGAGGAAUACAUUCUCCGCGACGACGACGCCGGUUUGUUCCACUCGAUGGUAGACAUGAUCCUCAUGGUUUUUGCCCCAGGUGGUCUCAGGACGAAGUCCAGGUGGAUUAAUAUUCUGGAAUCGGUUGGCUUAACCAUCAACAUUGUUUUCCACCCGGACGGCGACGGUCCUUCGAUUAUUGAGGCUGAACUAGCAUAA